UCUCUUGUCUAUCAUCACCCCAACCACUUGACUUCUGCGUACUGCUUGAGCACUCAUUAUCUCUUCCGACUGUGGUAUAUUGUGGGUGAUCAUACCUGUAUCCAUCUGCGGACAACAGCCACGUCAAGAGAAACCUCUACUGGGCCAAUGGUCAUUAUGGCGACCUUCGAAAGAGCAAUUCAAGAAGCUAUCGAUGCCGAAGAAAUUCCAGGCUGCGUGCUCUUUGCCACCAAUCGCGAUGGGUCGUUUCUGUAUAGUAAGAGCUUCGGGCAGACCUCUAUGAAGCCUGAAAAUGCCAAACCCUUGCGAACCGAUACAGUAAUGUGGAUAGCAUCUUGCACUAAGCUUAUGACAUCAAUCUGUGCUUUGCAACUCGUUGAGCGUGGCAAAUUAACACUUGAUGAUCCGGUAUACGAUCACGUACCUGAGCUGAGGGACUUCAAAAUCCUCAAAACUUUCGACAAUGAAGGCAAGCCUGUGGAAGUGCAGCACAUCACGCCGAUUACUUUGCGUUCACUUCUAACGCACACGAGCGGCUUGACAUACGAUGGCUUACACCCAAAGCUUCUCGCCUGGUUGGCAUACCAUGGUCGAGAGCCCACUACAGGCGCCAAACUGUUGCAGCGCUUUGAUGCGCCACUUACUUUCGAGCCAGGGACGAGCUGGAUGUACGGCUCAGGAAUCGACUAUGCAGGGUUGCUCAUCGAGCGGGUGACUGGCCUGACUCUAGAGGAGUAUAUGCGACAAAACCUUUGGGAGCCACUUGGUAUCAAAGACAUGACCUUUUGUCUCAAAUCCAGACCGGAUAUGAAGGAGCGUAUGGCGGACAUGAGUGUAAGAGACGAAAAGUCAGGCAAACUUCGGCAUACGAACGCAAGAAUGUCUUAUCAAGAUGCAGACGGGGAGGAAGUGCAAGACUGCAUGGGUGGACAGGGUGUCUUCACGACUGCAGAGGAAUAUAGCAAGCUCCUACGUGCGGUACUCACGACCGAUACGGAUGAAACACUGAUGAAGAAGGAAACCCUGAGGACUUUCUUCACGCCGCAACUGAAAGAGGGAUCUUCAAUGGCGAUGAAUGCGGUUUUACAAGACGACACAGUCAACAAUGCAAUGGGGGGUACAUUAAAAGACUCGAAGAAGGAUUGGGGCCUCGGGGGUCUUCUUCUUUUGGAGGAUCAGCCAGACGGUAAAGCGAAGGGCACCAUGAUAUGGGGUGGACUACCUAAUCUGAUAUGGUGGAUCGACCCAAAGACCGGACUUUGUGGCUUGUAUGCAGGACAAGUUUUGCCCACUGGGGAUGCAAAGUGUGCAGCCUUGAACCGUAGGUUUGAAGCAGCAAUGUACGAGCAGUACAAGGGGACUGGGCUUGCAAGCCCUCGCCUAUAAUCCAGCAAGCAUCUGACAACACUUGAUAUCGUUGGUGGCUUGAUUCCUCAAAGCUUGAUGUCGGCCUUGUAACCAAUCUCUUCCGAUGCUGGCUAAGAUUCCUGUCUGUCAUCUCCGCCAUGAUCAGAGUACCCGUGUCUGGUAUCAAAGCAAGCUCUUAGACCGUGUUAGCAUAACUCGGCUCGAAAUUCAGAGAGAGAACAAACCCAUUGAGUGCUCGCGCAUUGCCAGAUGACUUGAGGCCCCAUAAUAAGACAAUAAGCUUAUCAUCC